CAGUUUCGGUUUGUCAACCAUCCAAAUUGUAAACUUGGCAAUUGAAAUUAACAACAUCAGCAGUUGCUUGUUCCUAUCUCCUCUUGGAUUUUCUCCUCUCUGCCCUAUACAUACAUAUAUCGACAUACAUGUAUAUGCAUAUGUAUAUUACAGCUACCAAUUCGUUACCUUUAUCCUACCAAUUUGCUCAGUAGCUUACUAAUUCAUCUUUUGUUCAUUGAUGGCUGCGAGUGCGAACCCGUCAGGGAAUAAUCAGGAAGGUGCGUCGGGUCAGAAGAUUCCUUCGUCUUCUUCUACGGCGACCAAUAGCAUUCCUGUGAAUUCGAGCAGCAAUGGGUUUAAUAGCGGCUCCGGAGCCGCCGCUGGACCUGAUAAUUCUCAGACUAUUGCUGCCUUGAGGCACAACUCGGGCAUCUCCGUCGAAUGGACCUCAGAAGAGCAGUCGAUAUUGGAGGAUUUGCUUGCAAAAGAUGAUGCAAAAUCAGCUGUAGUUCGCUAUGCUAAGAUUGCUAUGCAGUUAAAGAACAAGACAAUUCGGGAUGUGGCACUGCGUUGUCGAUGGAUGACUAAAAAGGAGAAUGGCAAGAGAAGGAAAGAUGACCAUAAUUCAGCAAGGAAAAAUAAAGACAGAAAGGAAAAGGGCACGGAUUCUCUGGCAAAAUCAUCAUCCCAGUUAAGUACUCGUCCAAAUGGUCCUUCAUUUGUUCCACCAAUGGUUGCUAUGGACAAUGAUGAUGGCAUUUCAUUUAAAGCCAUUGGCGGUGUCACAGGAGAGCUUCUUGAGCAAAAUGCUCAAAUGUUUAAUCAAAUUUCAGCAAAUUUUGCAGCUUUCCAGAUACAUGAAAACAUCAACCUCUUCUGCAAAACUCGGGAUAACAUUUUCACAAUCUUGAAUGAGUUCUGCAGCUUGAAUGACAUGCCGGAAAUAAUGAAGCAGAUGCCUCCACUCCCAGUUAAGGUGAACGAAGAGCUGGCAAACUCCAUUCUUCCCCGACCACCCCAUCAGAAAUGAAAUCAUGAUUUCGGGAAUUAUUGAUGAUGUUGCAGCCCAUUUCCCUGAAGUUAGGAGAUCUCAACUCAAAUAAAAAAAAAAAAAAAGAAAGAAUAAAUUGGGCAAUUUUCUUGUAACUGUUGGAAAAGCGCAUCUGCCCACUGUUUUGGUUAUAUGACUGAAGGAGUUUAAUUUUACUUCUAGUGGUCUGACGUUGUUUUCGUUGAUGAAUUAUUUUUGGGAGAGUAGUUGCCCGUGUAGUAUGUGAAUACUUAGUCUUGUAGGGAAAAAUCUGACUGUAAAAAUUAAAAAUUAAUUUUAGGUUUCAAUGGAAGAGAUAAGCAAAGCAGUUUGGUGGAACCUGUUAGACUUUAUUGCUUCUGGUAAAACAUAAUUCUUAUGAAAUAUAUACCCAUUUCAGCA